GGCUCUGGCAGAAGUGGCUGCAGCCCUGACCCACGAGGUAGAGAGUGCGAAAGUACUACAACGUCCCAAGAAGCUAGAACGCUGGAGAAACAGCUGCUCUUAGCCAAAGCGAAAGGUGCUGAAAAAAUUAAAAAGAAAAGGAACACCCUGUUUGGAACGUUCCACGUGGCGCACAGCUCUUCCCUGGAUGACGUGGAUCAUAAGAUCUUGACCGCCAAGUGAGUGCUGGCCGGGGUGGCUCUGGCGGAGAGGCUCAAUCGGUGGCAGCAGGUGGAGCUGCUGUGUGGCUUCCAGAUUGUCAACAACCCGGGCAUCCACGUGCUGGUGGCCGCCCUCAACAUCGACCCCAGCUGGAUGGGCGCUCCUUCCCGGCCCAACCCCUCCCACUUCAUCAUGACCGACGACAUGGACGACUUGGACGAGGAAAUCAUCUCUCCCGUGUCGGCGCAGUCGCCUGUCAUGCCGAGCAGCGUCCGCCAUCGGCUUGUGGACCCCCAGCAUGCCUUGGGAUCCCAGAGGUUGGUAGAGAGCCAGGCGCUGUCCGGCUCGGCCGAAUCCGGGGCGUUGGCCCACUUCCUGCCGGGCAGGGUGUCUCUGCGUCGGAUGCCCAGCCUGACCGGCAGCCAGGGUUACGGCUCCGAGGUCCAAGGCACCGGCCCUCCCUUCGCCGCCGCCGCUGCCUGCUCCUCCUCCUCCUCUUCCACUCCUGCCCACAUGGCUUCAGCCUGCCACGCCCUCCCCAUCUACUACCACCACACGACCGCCUCCUACAUCCUCCAGAUGGACACGCUGCCCAACCUCCCCCCUCCCGAUGUCACAUCUGGGACGCGCUGUUGCACAGACAGCUUUGGAGAUUUGUCCCGCUCCGACUCGGACUCCUCCCUCCCGCACAUGAGUGACCAUCAGCGCGUAUCCAGCGCGGCCCCCAAGCUGCUCCCCAACCGGCCGACCCUGCUGCACAAGACCUCGGAGGAGACCGCCGGCUCGGGCCACUCGGCCCUCGGUGCCGGGUCCCCCAACGGCGGCCACAGCCGGCACCCGGAUGCCUCUUCCUCGCAGGAGCAGCUGCCCGAGAGCCCCAUUGUGAUGAAGAAAGCGAUUAUGCUGAACCACGGCUUGGAGAAGUCGUCCAGCCUGGGGGAGAUCAGCCACUUGGCGGCCAGCGGGGUGGGGAUGCGGCCGAGCCACUCCGACUCCUCCCGGUCUCACAGCCCCAGCUCCACGGAGCCCGACACCCCCUCCCCGGUCUCCGACUCCCGGCCCAACAACCUCGCCAAGGGCAGCACCCGCAUCCCGCAGCUGGCGUCCAAGAAGACCGUCGGGGAUGAGGACAGCGGCUCCACGGGCGAGGAGACCGACUCGGGCCCCGGCAAGAAGAAGUUCCCCCUCAAGAUCUUCAAGAAGCCAAAGAAGUAGCCGGGGGGCCGGAAGGAGGGGUGACCCCCCCUGGGACAAGGGGAAAUGGGGUGGGGGCGAGGGGAGGGGAGCCCCCACCCACCGAGAGCACCACACGGGUAGGGGCGAGCACUGGCCCACCCCCUCCUCCCUGGGACCCCGCUGCUUCCCGUUCACAGCUGUGGGGGGAGGAGCUAAUGAAAUGUGUUUGUUUUGUGACCUCAGCCUGCCCCCCCCCCCCGCUCAUGCCAGAGAGCCCUUCGCUUUGGCUGUGCAUGGCUACUGCUGAUGCCUCUUGCUUGUGUGCCCCCCCCCCGCCCUGCUCCCCCUGCAGGCCACCUGGUUUCCUCUGCUCCGUUCCCUGCUUCUCCUCAGUGCAGCAAACCACGAGACACGCCCCCCCUCCCUUCCUUCCCAGCACCUCUGCCCUCUUCCUAGCCCCCCACCAAAGCCCACCAGGAGCUCCACGAGAUGUUUGGGCAGAGCGAUGGCUGUGUGGGGAAGUGGGGGUCUGCUUGACUCUGCCGGGAGAAAGACUCUUGCCCUCGUGGGGGCCCCUGCCUCAGAGAGACUCUGCCCCCUUCCCCCAGCGAGGUGUUUGAGUCCUUGGAGACCCCUGUGGAUUGCCAGGGUCCAUACGGGGAAUUCCGGGGGCAGCAAGUUCUGCGGGGCUGUGCUACGGCCCGGUCCGCCGCUCCCGUCCCCUCCAGCCGAAGGGGCUGCCGUAGCCUGGAGAUCAGUUUGUGCUUCCAGGAGAACUGCAGGCCCUACCUGGAGGUCGGCAACUGUGCCUUGCAGGAGAUAGAAGCCAGGGGGCUGCUGUCCGGGGGGGAGGUCACGUGUGGUUUCUUGGCAGGGGUCCCCAGCUCUCCUUCAUGGAGAAAGGCCGGAGCGCGGCUCUGCAGGCAGAGAGGUCCACUGAGCAGUCUGCCCGUGCCCCCACCCUGGAGCCGGGGCCCAGCCUCGUUGCAAACCACGUGCCUCAGCGUGGAAUGUUUUUUGUGUGGAGGUUUCCAGGAGAACGAGGAAGCCGUGGGGCUGAGGAGGGGGGGGGCAGGCCCUGGCGUCCGGUGCUGUCCCGAGAACGGAUGGCACGGGCUCAGGGCGUAGUGGCCCGGCCCUGUGGCUCUUAGCCCUCCUGCCACCUCAGGACCUAGCAGAGAGGAACCCCCCCACCAGUUGGAGGAAAUGGGGCUUCAGCAAAAGGGGGGCAGGUGCCACGUGUGGUGGCCUACAGGCCUGAGGAGAAAAAGGGGGGGGUGAUAUUCCUCUCCCUGCUGCUCUGCGUUUGCACUUCAGUGGGCUCCGUGGGGCCAGCCUCCCUCCCAUUGACCCGCAUGUCUGGGAAAGACACCAGUGGGGCCUCUAAGCCUCUCGUACAAUUGAGGGGCCCAGGGCUCCUGGGGACCCCCGCUGCGCCCUCCCCUCUGCAACCAAGUGCCUACAUCUCUCCGCUGCUGUGCCCAGGAGGGCUCCCGCCGGCUUGCGCCCCCUCCGCCCCGAAGAGGAGAGAGAAGAAGCAGCUCAGGGGCUUGCGUGGGUGGCGGUGGGGACGCAGCAGGGGCGACGCUUGGCUCGGUGGCGCUGCCUGGGUUGGGCUCCGCAGGGUAAAGAGCCUGUCCUUGGUCCUGCUUUCCGGGGGUGGGCUCCAGCCGCGAGCGGGGGGGCUGCUGCACCCACCCCCCUUGAGAUGAGACGUUGCCGCGCCAAGCAGGCUCCACCUCCUCCAGGAGAACUGCCCAUCAACGCCGCCCGCCCGCCCGCCGUCCUGGGCAGUGCCCGGCAACCAUUGGCACAGCAAACCCUGCCGUGCGUCUGCCAAGUCUGAUUUUAUUCUACGGCCGUUUCGUAAAACUGUUUUCAAUCCAAUAAAGCAUGUAGGCGAUUUUAAGAG